AUGUUGCGUGGUGCCGAUGAUAUUCUGCAAGUGGUUGAAGAGAUUACGUGUUGUUGCGCCGGUGGUGUUUCUCCAGACUUUAUUUUUGGUGUUGACAAAGUUCAAUGUCAAGGUGCUUGUGUUAACGCCCCGGUUAUUGUGGUCGAUGAUGAUUAUUAUGAAGACGUAACUGUUUGUGAUGUUCAUAAUAUUAUUCAAACUCUGAAGUGUGGAGGGAUACCACCGUGGGGACCUCAAUCGGGUAGAUUUGCAUGUGAACCUAUAACUGGUCAGACAACGUUAUUGGAAGAUCCACCACCACCAGGUUUUGGUAUCCAACAAGCUUUAUUUGGAGGUCCCAAUCCAAGUCUAUGUAAACCA